AUGGAUGUACCUGAGAUAAGUCGUUCUCAGAGUGUCAAGGCAGAAGAAGGGAAGAACGCGACUCUUUCUUGUAACGCCAUCGGAAAUCCAGUCCCAACGAUAUCAUGGACAAAAGAUGGGUCAGUUAUUACAAGAAGUUCCAGGAUCAAUUUUUCAGCAGACAAGAGGCAACUAACAGUAACAAAUAUGAGUAGAGCGGACAGCGGGGAAUACCUAUGUGUGGCCAAAAACAGCCUGGGGAGUGAUACUUCAAGCGGCAUUAAACUGGAUGUGCAAUAUAUACCUGAGAUAAGUCGUUCUCAGAGUGUCAUGGCAGAAGAAGGGAAGAACGCGACUCUUUCUUGUAACGCCACUGGAAAUCCAAUCCCAACGUUAUCAUGGACCAAAGAUGGGUCAGUUAUCACAAGAAGUUCCAGGGUCAAUUUAUCGGCAGACAAGAGGCACUUAAUAGUAAUAAAUGUGAGUAGAGCGGACGGCGGGGAAUACCUAUGUGUGGCCAAAAACAGCCUGGGGAAUGAUACUUCAAGCGGCAUUAAACUGGAUGUGCAAUAUCGACCCGGGAUCAUCGUUCACCCACAUGAUGUGACAAAACCCAAAGGAAGCAACGUCAUUUUAUCUUGUAAUGCAACAGGAAAUCCAGAACCGAAGAUUUCAUGGACCAAAGAUGGAUUCUCUUCAAAUUUAUAUAAUAAUUCCAGAAUCAGCUUUUCACAAGAACACAAGAAAAUGACCAUAGCAAAUGUGACUAUGAAAGACAGAGGAAAAUAUGAGUGUACUGCAACUAACAAUAUUGGAAAAGAUAUUUCAAAUGCUGCCCUUGUUGAAAUCCAAUAUAAACCUGAGAUCACAGCUUCUCCGCAGAAUGUUACGAAAAACGAAGGAGAAAAUGUGACUUUGUCUUGUAACGCUACUGGAAAUCCAGAACCAACAAUAUCAUGGACCAAGAGUGGAUUACCUCUGACCGUCAAAACAAGAAUAAGAUUUUCAUCGGAUAACAAACAUCUGACGAUAAGAAUUGUAAAUAGAGAAGACAGUGGAAUGUACCAAUGUGUGGCGAACAACACUCUUGGAAAAGAUAACUCUAUCUCUGCUGAGGUGAACGUGCAAUAUCAAGCAAAGAUUUUCACGCAUCCUUCUAAUGUUACCAAGAUAAAAGGAGAAGAUGUUACUCUCUAUUGUAACGCCACUGGAAAUCCCGUCCCUUUGAUAUCAUGGACCAAAGAUGGAUCUCCAAUAACACUCAACACCAGGAUCACUUUGUCAAAAGACAACAACUUCUUGAAAAUAGCGAAUGUGAACAAAGCAGACGGAGGAGAAUACCGAUGUGUUGCUGAAAAUAGCCUAGGAAAUAAUACAUCAUAUCCAGCCACACUGGAAGUGCAAUUUAAGCCUGAAGUUACAAUUGAUGGUGAUCAAGAACAGUUUAUAGCUAAAGGCGAGAACUUCAAGUUGAUCUGUCGGUAUAACGCUUCACCGCCUGUGUCCGAGGUGCAGUGGAUUAAAAAUGGAGAGGUGAUUACCAUAAAUGCUACCGUGACCAACAAUGGAUCAGGAGUGACUAAUAUCUUUUAUAACGGAAGUCUAUCACAGCUUUCAAUCACCUCAGCUUCCGCACAGGAUUCUGGAAACUACACCUGCAAUGUUACAAAUAAAGUAAAUGGUACAAGAGAUUCGACGUCGAUUGUUAUCCAAGAUAAGCCCUCCACCAAAUUGCAGCCAAAAACUAUUACCGUCAAUGAGGGACAAAAUGUCACGUUAUUUUGUAACUCUUCUGAAAGCUCUCUAACAAUAACGUGGAAAUUCAACGGAUCUGAUAUAACCACCUCAGGGGAUUCAAGGAUCAGUUUUUCAGAUGACAAUCGACAUUUGAUUAUCACGAACGUGAGCAGGGUAAACAAAGGGGAAUACAAAUGUGUGGCGAGCAACAAGGUUGGAGACGAUACAUCUAAUACUGCCUCUGUGUCUGUUAAAUAUGAGCCUGAAGUUAAAAUUGAUGGUGAUCAAAAACAGUUUAUAGCUAAAGACAAUAAUGUCAAGUUGAUCUGUCGAUAUAACGCUUCACCGCCUGUGUCUGAGGUGCAAUGGUUAAAAGAUGGAAAGGUAAUUGCCAAAAAUUCUACUGCGACCGAGAAUGGAUCAAGAGUGACUAUAAUCCAUUAUGAUGAAAGUCUAUCGCAACUCUCAAUCACAUCAGCUUCCUUGAAUGAUUCUGGAAAUUACAUUUGCAAGGUUACAAAUGAAGUAGAUAGUACAUCAGAUUCGACGUCGAUCGCUAUCCAAGUAAAGCCUUCCAUCAUUACUCAGCCAAAAAGUGCGGCUCUUAAAGAAGGAGACACUGUCAAGUUGUAUUGCAACGCUACAGGAAGCCCUACACUGCAUAUAUCCUGGACGUUUGAUAGAUCUGUCAUAACAGCAAAUGAGAACUCCAGGAUCAGUUUAUCCAACUACUCUCAAGAAUUGACAAUAACAAAUGUGAAAAGACGAGACAGUGGAGAUUACCGAUGUUUAGUGACAAACAGGGUUGGAAAUGACACUUCUGAUCCCUCUGUCAUAAACGUGCUAUAUCAGCCUGAAAUUAUUACGCAUCCUAAGAAUGUUACACUAGAAGAAGGACUCACCAUGACCUUAUUUUGUAACGCGACCGGAAAUCCACCACCAACAAUAUCAUGGACCAAAGAUGGAUCUCCUUUAACUAAGACCCAAGGGAUAAUUUUCACAGGAGAGAAUGAGACACUGUCUAUAGCGAAUAUUACCAGAUCAGAAAGUGGAAAUUACAGAUGUGUUACCAGGAACAGCCUUGGAAAUGAUACCUCAAAUGCUGCAAAAGUCGACGUACUGUUUGCACCUGAAAUCGUGGAAAAUCCAAAGGAUGUCACCAUAGUUGAGGGAGAAUAUGUUGUGUUUAGUUGCGUGGUAGAUGGAAAUCCUUCACCAAGAGUCACUUGGACGAAGAACGAGGAAAAACUGAACAUCACAACAAAUCCACGACUAACAGCGUCGUCACUGAGCAACAAUCACAGUUUGACAAUCACAGAUGUUCAUCGAUCGGAUUCGGGACAAUACAGAUGUGUUAUUAUUAAUGAUGUUGGCAACCUAACAUCAUCUCCAGGGAAUCUAAAAGUACAAUUUGGGCCUGAAAUCUCCGAACCUCCGAUUAAUGUCACGAAAAUAGAAGGACAAACCGUUGUAUUAAGAUGCUUGGUGGCUGGAUACCCCACACCUACUGUUGCUUGGACAAAGAAUGGAGUCGAAUUGAAUGUAACAGCAAAUUCACAAUUAAGUGUCUCUUCCAGGGACGGCAAUCACACUUUGAAAAUAACAGAUGUUCAACGGUCAGAUGCAGGACAAUACAGAUGUGUCGCUAAUAACAGUUUGCAGACCUCUGAGUCAUUUCCUUCGACUCUUACAGUGCAAUUUAGAGCAGAUGUCAAAAUUAGUGGCAGUAAACAAAAGUUUGUUGCAAUAAACAAACAGAUCCAUCUGACUUGCCAGUACAAUGCUUCACCACCAGUGUCAGAGGUACAAUGGGUUAAAGAUGGAAGUGUGAUUGCUAGGAAUGAUAGUGGGAUUGGUAAUGGAUUGGUGAAUAUUACAGAAUUCACUGAAAGUCAAUCACAGCUUUUAAUUUCAUCAAGUACAAGGAAUGAUGAGGGAAAUUACACCUGCUUUGUCACAAAUGCUGUUGGCAAUUCCUCAGAUACAACUUCAGUUGUUAUACAAGUGGUACCAGACCCACCACAUACAUUGAUGGUUGAUUUUAACGGCUCACGGGUGGUGAAUAUCUCUUGGACAGCUGGUUUUGAUGGAAAGAGCCCCAUUGAGAACUACACAGUGGAGAUCAGUCAAUAUAAUCAGAUCUUUAAGAGUGUUGUUUGUCAGGGAUCACUCUCAAGCAGUGCCUGUGUGGUGUCCAGUUCCUCCACAAACACCUCUCUCACAGGUCUUCUUCCUUGGACAACAUAUAACAUUAGAGUGUUUGCGACAAACGCAAUCGGCAAAAGUAACAGCAGCCAAAUUCUGAUUGUUACAACAGAUGAAGAAGUGCCAAGUGAAGCUCCGAAUUUUGAUGUGAUUGUUGUCAAUUCAACUGCAGUGAAUGUUUCCUGGCAGGUGCUUAGUAAGGACAAAGCUAGAGGUGCCAUUUUUGGCUAUUACGUUUUGUACCGGGUUAACAGCACUCCAACCUGGAUAAAUGAAACUGUUGAGGGAGCCGAAACGACAUCACUUUUAAUAGAACCACUAAAUGAACACACCACAUACGAGUUUGCCAUGCAGGCAUUUAACAGUAAAGGUGUCAGCAUUGUAAGUGCUUUGGUGGAAAAGACUACCAACCAGCAUAGGCCUAGUAAGCCUCCAGAAAUGGUCGUACUGAAUGAGGUAAAAUCUAAAAGUGUCAGAGUAAGCUGGAAGCCUGUCCCAGCUGGUGAUCGCAACGGAAUCAUCUUAGGGUAUAGAGUGAAUUAUCAAACCUUAUCAGAUGGUGAAAUUUUCACCGAGACCCUUAAUAUCAACAGUGGAGAACAGGGUGAAAACAGAACCAUAAUUUUACAGCUUCCGAAUGCAUUCACAAACUACAGCAUUACUGUGUUAGCAUUCACUGAGGUCGGAGAUGGGCCACCAAGCCUUGCUCAAGUUGUCCAGACGCUGGAGGACAAACCCAAUAGCUCACCUGGGGAAGUUGCAGCUACUGCAGCAUCUUCUAAGAAUAUCUCCGUUUCUUGGAAUCCCGUCACUGCUGAUGAUCGAAAUGGAAUUAUCAAAGGAUACAUAGUAAAUUAUCAAGCCUUACCAGGUGGUGACAUAAUCCCCAAGUUCCGCAAUAUCACUAGUGAGCAACAGAAUGAAAAACAAACAGUGAUUUUAGAAAAUCUGAAUGAGUUCACAAACUACAGCAUCACAGUGUUAGCAUUUACCAUUAUUGGAAAUGGACAAGCAAGUAGUGCCCAGGUUGUGGAGACACUUGAGGACAAACCCAAAACAUCACCUGAGGCAGUUGCAGCUACUGCAGCAUCUUCUAAGAAUAUCUCCGUUUCUUGGAAUCCCGUCACUGCUGAUGAUCGAAAUGGAAUUAUCAAAGGAUACAUAGUAAAUUAUCAAGCCUUACCAGGUGGUGACAUAAUCCCCAAGUUCCACAAUAUCACUAGUGCGCAACAGAAUGAAAAACAAACAGUGAUUUUAGAAAAUCUGAAUGAGUUCACAAACUACAGCAUCACAGUGUUAGCAUUUACCAUUAUUGGAAAUGGACCAGCAAGUAGUGCCCAGGUUGUGGAGACACUUGAGGACAAACCCAAAACAUCACCUGAGGCAGUUGCAGCUACUGCAGCAUCUUCUAAGAAUAUCUCCGUUUCUUGGAAUCCCGUUACUCCUGAUGAUCGAAAUGGAAUUAUCAAAGGAUACAUAGUAAAUUAUCAAGCCUUACCAGGUGGUGACAUAAUCCCCAAGUUCCGCAAUAUCACUAGUGCGCAACAGAAUGAAAAACAAACAGUGAUUUUAGAAGAUCUGAAUGAGUUCACAAACUACAGCAUCACCGUGUUAGCAUUUACCAUUAUUGGAAAUGGACCAGCAAGUAGUGCCCAAGUUGUGGAGACACUGGAAGACAAACCCAAAACAUCACCUGAGGCAGUUGCAGCUACUGCAGCAUCUUCUAAGAAUAUCUCCGUUUCUUGGAAUCCCGUCACUGCUGAUGAUCGGAAUGGAAUUAUCAAAGGAUAUAUAGUAAAUUAUCAAGCCUUACCAGGUGGUGACAUAAUCCCCAAGUUCCGCAAUAUCACUAGUGCGCAACAGAAUGAAAAACAAACAGUGAUUUUAGAAGAUCUGAAUGAGUUCACAAACUACAGCAUCACAGUGUUAGCAUUUACCAUUAUUGGAAAUGGACCAGCAAGUAGUGCCCAAGUUGUAGAGACACUGGAAGACAAACCCAAAACAUCACCUGAGGCAGUUGCAGCUACUGCAGUAUCCUCUAAGAAUAUCUCCGUUUCUUGGAAUCCCGUUACUCCUGAUGAUCGAAAUGGAAUUAUCAAAGGAUACAUAGUAAAUUAUCAAGCCUUACCAGGUGGUGACAUAAUCCCCAAGUUCCGCAAUAUCACUAGUGCGCAACAGAAUAAAAAACAAACAGUGAUUUUAGAAGAUCUGAAUGAGUUCACAAACUACAGCAUCACAGUGUUAGCAUUUACCAAUAUUGGAAAUGGACCAGCAAGUAGUGCCCAAGUUGUAGAGACUCUGGAAGACAAACCCAAAACAUCACCUGAGGCAGUUGCAGCUACUGCAGAAUCUUCUAAGAAUAUCUCCAUUUCUUGGAAUCCCGUCACUCCUGAUGAUCGAAAUGGAAUUAUCAAAGGAUAUAUAGUAAAUUAUCAAGCCUUACCAGGUGGUGACGUAAUCCCCAAGUUCUGCAAUAUCACUAGUGCGCAACAGAAUGAAAAACAAACAGUGAUUUUAGAAAAUCUGAAUGAGUUCACAAACUACAGCAUCACAGUGUUAGCAUUUACCAUUAUUGGAAAUGGACCAGCAAGUAGUGCCCAAGUUGUAGAGACACUGGAAGACAAACCCAAAACAUCACCUGAGGCAGUUGCAGCUACUGCAGCAUCUUCUAAGAAUAUCUCCGUUUCUUGGAAUCCCGUCACUCCUGAUGAUCGAAAUGGAAUUAUCAAAGGAUAUAUAGUAAAUUAUCAAGCCUUGCCAGGUGGUGAAAUAAUCCCCAAGUUCCGCAAUAUCACUAAUGUGCAACAGAAUGAAAAACAAACAAUGAUUUUAGAAGAUCUGAAUGAGUUCACAAACUACAACAUCACAGUGUUAGCAUUUACCAUUAUUGGAAAUGGACCAGCAAGUAGUGCCCAAGUUGUAGAGACACUGGAAGACAAACCCAAAAGCUCACCUGAGGCAGUUGCAGCUACAGCAGCAUCUUCUAAGAAUAUCUCCGUUUCUUGGAAUCCCGUCACUGCUGAUGAUCGAAAUGGAAUUAUCAAAGGAUAUAUAGUAAAUUAUCAAGCCUUACCAGGUGGUGACAUAAUUCCCAAGUUCCGCAAUAUCACCAGUGCGCAACAGAAUGAAAAACAAACAUUGAUUUUAGAAAAUCUGAAUGAGUUCACAAACUACAGCAUCACAGUGUUAGCAUUUACCAUUAUUGGAAAUGGACCAGCAAGUAGUGCCCAGGUUGUGGAGACACUGGAAGACAAACCCAAAAGCUCGCCUGAGGCAUUUGCAGCUACUGCAGCAUCUUCUAAGAAGAUCUCCGUUUCUUGGAAUCCCGUCACUGCUGAUGAUCGAAAUGGAAUUAUCAAAGGAUAUAUAGUAAAUUAUCAAGCCUUACCAGGUGGUGACAUAAUCCCCAAGUUCCGCAAUAUCACCAGUGCGCAACAGAAUGAAAAACAAACAUUGAUUUUAGAAAAUCUGAAUGAGUUCACAAACUACAACAUCACAGUGUUAGCAUUUACCAUUAUUGGAAAUGGACCAGCAAGUAGUGCCCAGGUUGUGGAGACACUGGAAGACAAACCCAACGGCACACCUGAGGCAGUGGUAGCUACUGCAGCAUCUUCUAAGAACAUCACCGUUUCUUGGAAUCCCGUCACUGCUGAUGAUCGAAAUGGAAUUAUCAAAGGAUAUAUAGUAAAUUAUCAAGCCUUACCAGAUGGUGACAUAAUCCCCAAGUUCCGCAAUAUCACCAGUGAGCAACAGAAUGAUAAACAAACAGUGCUUUUAGAUGAUCUGAACGAGUUUACAAACUACAGCAUUAGUGUGUUAGCAUUUACUGUAAUUGGAAAUGGACCAGCAAGUGUUGCCCAGGUUGUGGAGACACUGGAAGACAAACCCAGUGGUGCCCCUAAAAAUUUGAGUUUAGUCAACACAACUUCAACAAGCAUAUUUGUCAUGUGGGAAGCGGUUUCGAGAGCUGAACAGAAUGGUAUCAUUAUUUCUUAUAACGUCAGCUAUCGGGUACUUGGAAAUGGAUCUGGUGGGCCUAUCAAUUCUACAUUAGUUAGUGCUCGUAAAAUGUACGUGAACCUGACUGGCCUAAUAAAGGAUAUGUAUUACAACAUCCGUGUCUUGGCAUCCACAAGCAAGGGAGACGGAAUAUACAGUAACCCAAAGAAGUUUAGAACGAACGAAGACAUGAAAUUUUUAAUAACGUUUGCCUUGUUUCCUCCCUUUCGCCCAGGGCCGAGUGGUCCUCCACAGAGGGUACGAGGUCGUUUCACUAGUUCAACCAGCAUCAUGGUUGACUGGGAUGUUGUGCGUGAAGACCAGCGACAUGGUGAAAUCAUAAGCUAUACUGUCAGGUACAAAAAAUUAACGGAUGGUACUUACAAGGAGACAAAAGUUACGUCAAGAUAUGAUGAAUUGAAGGAACUUGAUAAGUUCACAGUCUACAAAAUUGAGGUCCUAGCUGCCACCAGAGUUGGAGAUGGGCCACCAAGUGAACCCAUCGAAGAAAGAACAGACGAAGACAAACCUGAGAAACCUCCUCAAUCAGUCACCGUAACGACAUUAGACAGCAGUAGAAUCGAAGUGACGUGGGAGCCGGUUCCUAAAGAUUUCCAGCAUGGUAUUAUAACGGAGUACGUCAUACUUUACAAUUAUUCUGGAGAAGGAAAAAUAUCAGAACACAAGGUAUUAGGAAAUAUUAGCAAAGUGGUUGUUGGAGGACUCAAGCAAUCUACUGAAUACACAAUCCGAGUUCUGGCUGCAACCGUGAAGGGAAGGGGUCCAGCAAGUAGUCCUAAAUCUGCUACAACCGAAGGUAAGGAAGCAAUUUAA